GUAGAAACAGAGAGCACAAAUAUAUUCUAUCAGUGGCUGGCUAUAAGAAAGAUAUCGGGGGUAGUGAGGCAAGGAACCCUAAACAGAAAUGAAUUAAAAUGAUUUUUUAUUAGUAUAAUUGUAUGAGUGUUUAUUUUUAUAUUCAUUUCUUGUGUUUUUGUUUUACUCAUAAAAUCAAAUGAAAUUAACAAAAGAGAGGACAGAAUUGGUAUAAGAAUUUAAUUCUUAAGUUUUAACCAAACGACCAACAAUCCACUCAUAUAUCAAAUAUUUUAUUUUAUAUUUUUUAACACAAUAAAACGAACAAUCAAAACGUAGAUAAACAUAAUCAGUAAUUUUCUUUACUAAAGAAAAAAAAAAAGAAAAAUUAAAGCAGCAAAUUAUUAAGUUAUUGUCUGGAUUCACAAAGAAGUUUGGAAGAAGAAAAAGAAAAGAAAAAACGUCAUGGUUAAAUUCUACAAGGUGACAAUAAAUCGUACAGAAUGGGAAAUACCAGAAAUCUAUCAACAAUUACAACAAGUAGGCUCUGGUGCCUAUGGACAGGUGUGCAAGGCCCUGGUAAGAGGUACUAACAUGUAUGUUGCCAUUAAAAAGUUGGCACGCCCUUUUCAAUCGGCGGUGCAUGCUAAACGUACUUAUCGAGAAUUGAGACUACUCAAACACAUGGAUCAUGAGAAUGUUAUUGGUCUAUUGGAUGUCUUUCAUCCGCACCCCCCAAAUGUAACCUUGGAAAAUUUUCAACAGGUGUAUUUAGUUACUCAUCUUAUGGAUGCCGAUCUAAACAAUAUUAUAAGGACACAACGUCUGUCCGAUGAACAUGUGCAGUUUUUGGUUUAUCAAAUAUUACGUGGUCUAAAAUACAUACACAGUGCUGGUAUUAUACACCGUGAUUUAAAACCCUCCAAUAUUGCAGUAAAUGAGGAUUGCGAAUUGAGAAUUUUAGAUUUUGGUUUGGCACGGCCAACAGAAAAUGAAAUGACCGGUUAUGUGGCCACACGUUGGUAUCGUGCCCCGGAAAUUAUGCUUAACUGGAUGCAUUAUAAUCUAACCGUGGAUAUUUGGUCGGUGGGUUGUAUUAUGGCUGAAUUACUUACUGGACGCACUUUAUUCCCGGGCACUGACCACAUACACCAGUUAAAUUUGAUUAUGGAAGUUUUGGGUACUCCGCCCGAUGAUUUUAUGCAAAAAAUUUCCUCGGAAAGUGCACGCAACUACAUUAAAUCAUUGCCUCCCAUGAAGAGACGUGAUUUUAAGACUUUCUUCAAGGGCGCCAACCCAUUAGCCAUUGAUUUGUUAGAGAAAAUGUUAGAAUUAGAUGCAGAGAAACGUAUUACUGCUGAACAGGCCUUGGCACAUCCUUAUAUGGAAAAAUAUUCAGAACCAAGUGAUGAACAAACUUCACCCUUGUACGAUCAAAGUUUUGAAGAUAUGGAUUUGCCCGUUGAAAAAUGGAAGGAUUUGAUAUACAAAGAAGUUAUAAACUUUAAACCGCCACCAUCGUUUGCUCAAAUUUUACAAGAAAUAAAAUAAGUAUUAUUAAAGUUAGGGAAAGCUUUGGUUUUCUUUCACAUUGUGCAAUUAUUUGACUAUAUAGAACAAUAAUUAUAUGACUCUUGGAACAAAUGGGUAUUAAACAUCAAAGUUAAUAUGAUAUUAUUUUUUGUCAAAUAUUUAAAUACUGUGGAAGUUAUAUUAGUUAAACCAAAGUUUUUUAUGCUUAAAAUCACGCAUUAUCAGUUGAUUUUAGUUUUCAUACUGAUGAUAACUUGACUUUACUUAUUUAAAUUUUUUUAAUUUUUGAACAGUUGCUCAAAAAUAUUGAUGGUAUUAUAUGAUAGAUCUGUGGUGUUAAAUACACUCAACGUUUAUACGUAACUUAAAUAAUUGUUCAUAAAUGUUUGUUAAAUACACAUACAUACGUACAUGUAUAUUUUUUAUUUUAAUUGUCCUUGCUCACGUACAAAGUGCCUUAAUAUUUUACAAAAUACCAAAAAUUAUAAAUAUUGCCUUAAAUUAGAAAUGUUUUGUUAAAAGAAAUAUCAAACAUAAAUAUUAUUUUUAUAAUUUUAUUAUUUUUUUUUGUGAUGUUUUUUAAAUGUUUGUGCAAUAAAGUUGUAUCUUAUAUACGUAAAGAAA